AACCCCAAGGCCACCGCGCACCGCUCCAUACUAUCGCCGCUACGCGGCUUAGCGUUGAGUUUGAGCAAUCGUAACCUUGUGCCUCCACUAUAAAACCGCGCACAUUCUGUCGCUUCUUUCCCUCCACACUUUUUCGCACCAUUGUGAUUCAAUUUGCUUCUCUCUCUAUUUCUCGCUCACAUUCUCUGUUUAGGUCUCUCGUCUGCGUUCACUUUCGUCCCCUCGUUUGAAAAUGACGACUUUCGGAGCCGCAAAUACAAAUCCGAACAAAUCUUUCGAGGUGACUCAACCACCCGGUGAUUCUGUCUCAAGUCUUGUUUUCAGUCCCAAGGCCAAUUUCCUUGUGGCUACUUCAUGGGAUAACCAGGUACGAUGUUGGGAGGUAGUAAGGAAUGGAACUGCGGUAAGCAGUACACCCAAGGCGUCAAUAGCUCAUGAUCAGCCAGUUUUAUGCUCUGCAUGGAAGGACGAUGGAACAACUGUUUUUUCUGGAGGAUGCGACAAGCAGGUCAAAAUGUGGCCUCUUUUGUCUGGUGGGCAACCAGUGACUGUUGCCAUGCAUGAUGCUCCGAUUAAGGAUAUCUCUUGGAUACCAGAGAUGAAUCUUUUAGCUACAGGAAGUUGGGACAAGACCCUGAAGUAUUGGGAUACAAGACAGUCAAAUCCAGUGCAUACUCAACAACUUCCUGAUCGCUGCUAUGCAAUGACUGUGAAACAUCCUCUGAUGGUUGUGGCAACUGCAGAGAGAAAUCUAGUGGUGUUCAAUUUGCAGAAUCCUCAGACUGAGUACAAAAGAAUCCAAUCACCCCUGAAGUAUCAGACAAGAUGCGUUGCUGCUUUUCCGGAUCAGCAAGGGUUUUUGGUUGGUUCAAUAGAGGGAAGGGUUGGAGUACAUCACUUGGAUGAUGCACAACAAAGCAAGAACUUUACUUUCAAAUGCCACAGAGAUAAUAAUGAGAUAUACUCAGUCAACUCUUUGAAUUUCCAUCCAGUACAUCACACUUUUGCAACUGCUGGAUCUGAUGGUGCUUUUAAUUUUUGGGACAAGGACAGUAAACAGAGACUCAAGGCCAUGCAAAGGUGUAGUCUGCCCAUCCCUUGCAGUGCAUUUAAUAAUGAUGGUUCCAUAUAUGCUUAUGCGGUUUGUUAUGAUUGGAGCAAGGGUGCAGAAAAUCACAAUCCAGCAGCAGCGAAGACCUUCAUUUACUUGCACUUACCACAGGAAUCUGAGGUUAAAGCUAAGCCCCGAGCUGGAAAUACGGGUAGGAAAUGAAGCUUCAUGUCUGAGGGUUUUGAAAUUGGAAUUAACUGCUGGAUGAUAUGUGUUAGUGCAAAAGCUAGAUUUCUAUACCUCUAAUCUUUUUACUUUAUGUUUGGCCAUUGAAACAAGGCGGAAGGAGGGGGGAAAAAUGAACGAAUGUAACCCACACUUUUGGUCUCAUUUGGAAUUUCUUAGGUCUGCCCAGUUUAGCGAUAUGAUGAUUCAUGGAUAAUGAUUUGAAGCACAUGUAUAGAAUGGUGAUACCUAUUUUUGUUUGCAAUUUUUGUGGAUGGUGUAUUGAUGAAUUUUUGGUUUUAUAUAAAUAGACAUGUCUGAAUUGCUGCCUCAUUUAUCCAUCCAUUCUAUAUAUGUAACAAUGGUGGAGUAGAAAAUAAUCAAGUUUGUUUCUUGGUUCA